AUGCCACAUAGAGGUCGUUUGAAUCUGCUCGCCAAUGUUUGCAGACAACCACUUGCCACCAUCUUGUCUCAAUUUGCAACUCUUAAACCAGCUGAUGAAGGGUUUGGUGAUGUCAAAUACCAUCUUGGAGUUUGCAUUGAGCACCUCGACCGGCAACCCCAGAGGAAUGUCAAGAUUGCAGUUGUGGCAAAUCCAUCUCAUGUGGAUCCUGUUGUUUUGGGCAAAGUUCGUGCCGAAGCUUUCUACUCUGGCGACCACAAAUGCGGUCGUACAAUGGCGAUCAUGUUGCACGGAGGUACCGCCUUUGCAGGCCAAGGAGUCGUAUUGGAAACAUUUAACUUGGACGAUUUGCCAUCAUACACAACAAGUGGCUGCAUUCACAUUGUCGUCAACAAUCAAAUUGGAUUCACCACCACCAUCGUUCAUCACCUUAUUGUGCCGAUGUUGGUCGUGUUGUUGGAUGUCCGAUCUUCCACGUUAAUGCCGAUGAUCCAGAGAAAAUUC